AUGCUCUCCGACGCCGCGGCGGACGCGCCUUCAGCGGCUGCAGCCGCCGGGUCCCGGCCGCCCUCUACGACGGCUGAUCCGCUCGACGACUCCUCCGCCCGGCCAGCGCUCCGGACCGCAGAGGCACAUCCGCUACUCCUGGACGGAGCUGCCGAGACCCGGCCCGACGCUCGACCCGCCGUAGCUCGUCCACUCUGGAGCCAGAGGGUCGAAGCCCCGGUCGCAAGCGGCCCGUCGCGCUAUUUCGACCUCAAGGGCCUUCAGGAGAGGCUGGAGACGACCCAGCGCCCUGGCACGGCUUCUCCGACGCGGACUCGGAGCCAGGCCGAGAGCUACGACUCGGAUACGUCGUCCCUACGUGCGGCACGGACAGAAGAGCCGAUGACCGAGCAUGAAGAGGACGACAACGAGGCCGACGCCUCGAACGGCUCGAUCGUUGCCGCCAACGGACAACAUCUUGAACAUCGAGACGAGCCGAGCGCAGAGCUCGCUGCUAUUCUUGCACCCUCUUCGGCCGCUGCCAAGCGGCGACCCCCUCCUCUGGUGGCCCCGCAGGCGCGCACGCCCCUCGGCUUCCAGAGCUCCUCGCGAUCAGCGAGCCAGACACCACAACCGACGACUGCUCGACCCACACGGGCUUCGUCCCGCGCCAGCCAGCGCCAAGGUGCACUGUCGCCAUUCGGGCGCGCCGCGGCGUCGGAAGGGAGAUACAUCGCACGGCCUCCCUCGGCCUUCAGGGCCGCGGCGAACGCCGACGACGACGCCGACGACGACGGCGAGGGCGACGACGAGGUGCGGAGAGGCCCCAGUGUUGACAUUCUAAGGACGUUGCACGGCAUGUCGGAUGGCGAGUUGCAGAGCCUUCUCGGGGCGACGAGCCGGACCGACCAGCAUCGGGACGGGCCGCCGUCCGGUGCAGCAUCGCCCAUGGCUCGGCGUCGCACCGACUCGCUAUCCGAUUCGGGCCACCGGGCGCCGCCAACUCCAAAGGCGGCCGCCGUCCCCGCCGUGCAGGUGCAGGCCCGCACCCACGCCCUCAUACGAUCGCUCUCUUUUGCCUUAUCCGAGGCCCUCGACGAUGCUGCCAAGGCAAAGUCAUCGGCCAUCAAGGAGAGGUCAAAGAAUCACGAGGCCGUGGAGUACAUGAAUCAGCAGCACCGGUCGAGGGAAUUGGCGCUCAAGGAGCUGUGCCUUCAGCACGGCAUCAAGGAGGGCGAGAUCAGCCGCUGCCUGCUGCGUGCGCCCGUGUUCGACGCCGAGGCCACCAAAAGACGGAUCGAGGCCGAUGGCCACAUCCUGACGACGCCCAAAACGAUCGCAUCUGUGGGACCUGCCCAUCGCGCUGCCAACGAGACUGGCCGCGACUUCGGCACAACAGCCGAUAAGGCUGACAAGGGCGCCUCGGCCGUCACCGCCAGCCUGCCGCGGUCGUUGCAGGAGGCCAUGCUCGAGGAGCUCGAGGGCGCGUACGGAGCCAGCCUCGGCGACGCCUCGCCUUCGAUGAGCGCCAUCAGCCAACUGGGCGGCAGCAGCCGGGACCGCUCCCCGUCGAUCACGUCGUUCAGAACCGAGGCGUCGUCGGCGUCGAGCUUCAAUCGGCUGAAGCGAUCCGACGGAAGGACUCGCGGCAGCCAUGCCGACCUGAGAGCCGAGAUCAGCAGCAUCACGUCCGCCUCGAGGUCGCCGAUCACGGUCAACAGCCCGUCGAGCAAGGCCGGCAACGUGUCCAGGCCGCCAGCCGUCCGAUCGUCGUCUUCGGCGAGCACCACCUACCGCACUGCCUCGACGGCUGGGCUAGGAGAAUGGGCCAGCGGCCUCAUGCCUUGGGCUGCAUCCGGGACCAGCCGCAAAGCAGCCGCCAGCACGGCGCCCAGCAACGUCAAGGCCACCAGCCCUGGCCGGCAUACCAUCUCCGAGGGCCUGGUGAGCGAAGAGCCCGACCCGUUCGAGGCGCCGACCAAGUCCAAGUCGACAACGGCUCUGCCAGAGGAGGGCAGCAAAGCUGCUGCUCGGAGAGAGGCCGAGGCCGUUGCGCUUGGAUCGCCGCAGGCACGCAGCAGAUCGACAUCAGUGCCUCGAGCGGAAUCGGCGGAGGCUAGCCGACCCUCGUCGAGGUCCGGCCUAGGCAUCUUCGGGACGCUGGCGUGGCGGAGGAAGAAGCCUCAAGCUCAGCCGGAACCACCCGCUUCCCCGAUAGCGGCGGACCGCCCGCACGGCCACGCUGGAGAGGCAUCCACCGACACCAUGAGGCCAAACGGCGACCUCACGGGCGAGCAGCGGCACGAGACCGCCGCAGACGUGGCCGUCGAGACAAAGGGAUCCCUCGCAGGGUCUGUCGAAACGAGCCAGUCUGCCGACGAGAACAUUCGGAGAGGCGAUGACGAGGAGCCAGAUUCGACGCCGACAGACCGUCCCAUUGCCAUCCGCCGCAGCUCGAGCAAGAGCAUGCCCGUGGCGCUGCACGAGGCCAUCGGGUCAGAGCCGCCCUCGCCGCUGACCGAGAAGCUGCAGGCUCAGCUCGGCCUGCCGCCGGACGUGCUGCCGAAACCGACCCAUUUCAAGGCCAUCUUUCUUGCAACGCGGAUCAUGACACCGGACCCGUCGAGCCUGCUCUACGACAGCGGCAAGAAGACAUCGGAGCUGAUCGCCUCGCUGGCCUCGAGCUUGGUCGGACGCGCAAGGGACGAGGGCAAGAUGGUCGAGGAACCCUCCAGGUUGGCAGGCGUACGAAGGCCCUCGGGAGCCGCUGCCCGACCGAUGUCAAUGGCCCAUGCGAUGCUCACCCAGACGGUCGAGGACCACGCCAAGCGUGCCCCGAUCGGCCAGGCGGAGCGUGCUUCCGUCGGCCAGGUCGCCGGCGGCCCCAAAGUGGCCCCCUCGACCACAUUCGCCCGCGCCUUCGGCCGGUAUACCCGCUCGCCUGCUCGGGACGGCUCGGGGCAGCAGAUCGAACCAAACGUAACUCGCUUGCCGGACACCUACCGCUUCACUGCGUCCAACGCACCGGCUCCAUCGACGCCAGGCGGUGCUGAGCACGCGCAGGGAACAGAUGCCCCCCUGGGUCUGCCAAGACCGCCAGCAGCAGCGGUCGAGCUCGAGGCCAUUGUGCCUUCCGAGGCUGCGCCGCCAACGCUGGCAAAGAAGCGGAGCAAGAAGAAGAAGAGACAGCAGCGACAGCAGCGAAAGACUGACGGCCCCGGCCCCUCGCGCAGGACCAAUACCGGCGCUCCACGGUCGGGCGGCCUGGAUCCGCUGGACGAGGAGAGCUCCGGCGACGAGUUCGAAGUCUACGGCGGCAAGGGUCCAGCCGCAGGGUACGGGCAACCUCAGCGUGACGGCGCCGAGGACGACGACGACGAUAAUGACGUUGACGAAGUAGACGAUACGGACAGCGACGACGAUGCCGGGCUACUGACGGAUCGGUACGGCUUCAUCUACGACGCCACGCCCGCCGACAUCCGUCUGCUGCGCCAGGCGCGCAAAGCCGCCACCCCGGCGCCUGCCUGCCUCACGGGGAUCCGCGUCGGUGUGCGGGCCCGCGGCGGCACCGAAAGCCAGAGCGAAGAGGAAAGGGAGGAAGCCGACAACACCGAGCUCGACACCGAGGACGAGCGGGCCAGCAUCGACCGCAGCAGCCUGGCCGACGGGGCUGCCGGCGAUGAUGUCGAGGACCUCAGCGAGGGCGAAAGCCUUGCGAUCACGGGCAUCUCGUCUGCACCGAGCGACGGCGCCACCGCGGCAAAGGCGGUCGAGCCUGCCCAGAGCAAAAGGGGCCUGCUCUCGCUCUCGCACUCAAAGCCGGUGGCCGAGGCCCUGUCCGUCAGCGUCACGUCGCGCCCAGCCUCGAGGGGCAAGCGCGCCGGCCUGGCAGCGGCAGCCACGAGCAGCAGCCCGGCCUCGAGCCUCACCGACAUGCAAGUCGCACCCGCCACUUCCGCCGACACGGCGCAGAAGGCCACCAAGCCGACGUCGUCGCAGACGGUGCGGCGGCUGCUGGGCCAGCUGCAAGAGAUGCACGACAAGCAGCAGACGACGCACAAGGCCAAGUGGGACGACUUCCUGCAGCGGCGGCAGGAGCGGCUCGGCCGCGCCAAUCUCGAAGGCGGCGUCAACGGAACAGCCGGCAGCAGCAGCAGCGGAGGGGGCGGCGGAAGCGGAGCGGGCUCGAUAUCGCACGGCCGCCGCAACUCUGCCUCGUCGCACCACGCCACCGGCAUCGCGGCGCUGGCGUCUUCAGAAAAGGCGCCCGAAGAGGACUGGUCGCAGGGGAUGGUGGGCAUCAACCGGAUGGGCGCCACCAAGUCGGGCAAAGAGGACUGGAAACAGUUCCUCUCGCUGUGCCAGGCGGGCAUCCCGCUGUGCUACCGGGCCAAGAUCUGGGCCGAGUGCAGCGGCGCCAACGAGGUCCACGAGCCGGGGCGGUACCAGGAGCUGCUGCAGGAGCACGAGGGCGAGACCAACCAGUGCCUGACGCAGAUCGACCUCGACGUGCACCGGACGAUGCCGACCAACAUCUUUUUCGGCGGCGACGGCCAGGGCGUGCCCAAGCUGCGGCGCCUGCUGGUGGCCUUUUCAUGGUACAACCCGGCGUGCGGCUACUGCCAGGGCAUGAACAACCUGGCCGCCACGCUGCUGCUGACGCACGCCACCGAGGAAGAGGCCUUUUGGGUGCUGGUGUGCAUCAUCGAAAAGAUCCUGCCGUCCGAGUACUACACGUCGCACCUGCUCGUGUCGCAGGCGGACCAGCGGGUGCUCAUCGAGCUCGUCGACGAGCUGAUGCCGGCGCUGUCGGCCCACGUGGCCGACCUGGGCGUCGACCUGCCCGCCGUGACGUUUGCGUGGUUCCUGUCGCUCUACACCGACUGCCUGCCCGUCGAGACCCUGUUUCGCGUGUGGGACGUCAUGUUCGUCGAGGGCAUGGUCAUCCUCUUCCGCGUCGCCGUCGCCAUCCUCAAGAUGAACGAGGCCGAGCUCCUCGCCACCACGUCGGCCGCCGCCUUUUACGGACAGGUGCACUCGAUGACCUCGAGGCUGUUCUCCGUCGAUCGCCUGAUCAAGCUGGCAUGCGAAGACCUCAAACCGUCGAUCCGAUACGCCGUUAUACUCGAGAAGCGCGAGAGGCAUGUAGCCGACCUCACGCGCGAGCUCGGCCUGGACGCACCGUGA